AUGCUGCUCAACUUUCUCCUCAUAGACCUUUUCUAUCGCCUGAUGGAGACGUUUUUUUCCGACAAUCUAUUCAUGGCCAUGAAAGUGCUGCUCGUCGGUAUAGUGCCAACCGAUACUGACGAGCAGCUCUUUUUACAACUUGGAUCUAUCGGGUUCACCCCUUGUGCGUUUUUGAGCAUGGCCGAUUACUUAAUCAGUGGGGGGACAGGUUAUGUUCCUGAAGAUGGACUAUCAGCACAGCAGCUUUUCUCUAUUGGAGAUGGCCUCACAUACAACAGAUCUGACCAACAGUGUGUUGUCUCCGAUGGUCAUACGGCUGAAGAGCUAUGCUCUAAAGGAGAUGGGUUGACGUACAAUGACUUCCUGAUCCUACCUGGGUUUAUUGACUUUACCUCAGAUGAAGUGGAUCUUACAUCUGCACUGACUAAGAAGAUCACAUUAAAAACACCUCUCAUCUCCUCACCCAUGGACACGGUUACAGAGUCAGCUAUGGCUAUUGCUAUGGCUUUAAUGGGUGGGAUUGGCCUCAUUCACCACAACUGCACUCCAGAAUUUCAAGCUAAUGAAGUUCGAAAAGUGAAGCGCUUCGAGCAGGGAUUCAUCACAGAUCCCGUCGUGAUGAGCCCGAGACAUACUGUUGGGGAUGUGUUUGAGGCCAAAGUACGUCAUGGUUUCUCCGGUAUUCCAGUCACGGAGACGGGCAAGAUGGGUAGCAAACUGAUGGGCAUCAUCACCUCGAGAGACAUCGACUUUCUCACUGAGAAGGAGCACGGCCGACCUCUGGAGGAGGCCAUGACUAAGAGGGAAGAUCUGGUGGUUGCUCUAGCUGGUGUCACACUGAAAGAAGCCAACGAUAUAUUGCAACGCAGCAAGAAAGGUAAACUUCCCAUUGUAAAUGACAAUGAUGAAUUGGUGGCAAUCAUCGCAAGAACUGAUCUCAAGAAGAACAGGGACUACCCCCUUGCCUCCAAAGAUUCUCGAAAACAGUUGCACUGCGGAGCUGCCAUCGGCACAAGAGAGGAUGACAAAUACAGACUGGAUCUCCUGGUGCAAGCUGGAGUGGAUGUUGUUGUUCUGGAUUCUUCCCAAGGCAACUCAGUCUAUCAAAUCAACAUGAUUAAUUAUAUCAAGCAGAAGUAUCCAGAACUGCAAGUUGUCGGGGGAAAUGUGGUUACAGCAGCUCAAGCCAAGAAUCUGAUUGAUGCUGGCGUGGACGCGUUGAGAGUUGGCAUGGGCUGCGGCUCGAUCUGCAUCACACAAGAAGUCAUGGCGUGUGGGAGGCCCCAGGGAACAUCGGUGUACAAGGUAGCAGAGUAUGCCAGGCGCUUUGGAGUCCCGGUUAUAGCGGAUGGUGGCAUUCAAACUGUGGGACACGUUAUAAAGGCACUUUCUCUUGGAGCAUCAACUGUGAUGAUGGGUUCGUUGCUGGCUGCAACCACUGAGGCUCCAGGGGAGUACUUUUUUUCAGAUGGUGUUCGGCUAAAAAAAUACCGUGGUAUGGGCUCUCUGGACGCAAUGGAGAAGAACGCAAGCAGCCAAAAGCGCUACUUUAGUGAGGGAGACAAAGUAAAAGUGGCCCAGGGUGUUUCGGGCUCCGUGCAGGACAAGGGAUCCAUCCACAAGUUCAUUCCUUACCUUAUUGCUGGUAUCCAGCACGGUUGCCAGGAUAUCGGGGCCAAGAGUCUCUCUGUACUUCGGUCAAUGAUGUACUCUGGAGAGCUUAAGUUUGAAAAGCGUACCACGUCUGCACAAAUGGAGGGUGGCGUUCAUGGUUUACAUUCUUUUGAGAAGCGUCUAUAUUAA